AAACGAUUUAGUAUAAAAAAUAUUAUUAUCCUGCAGAGAAAUUGGAGCGGCGGUUCACGGCAAAACACCAAUCACCACCGUGAAUAAUUAUCACCGGCGAGCAAACAAUUCUUUUGCCCACGUGUGCUCAGCUCAAUUCUCAACGCAGUCAUCGGAAUGAGGUCAUGGUAAAUCUAAUAGAACCAGGGGCAUAAUCGUCUAUACAAAAGAUUGUCUUUUUUUUUCUCAUAUUUUAUUACUUGAAUUUGCACUUUCGGGUUUUGGUCGGUUUCUUCAAAAUGACGGAGAAAGGACCGAUUCUGUCUCCGGCUCCAAACCAGUUACUUCUCCAACGGUGGAGUCCUCUACUUCAAUGGCGUUUCGGUGCUCUCACAGCACUCGUCUUCUUCCUCGUGUUAUUCGUGUGGAGCAUCGACGGUUUCUCUAUACAAACCUUCGCUGAGCCAUGGAGGCUCAGUGCGUACUCCAUCCGCGUCAGUUUCUCUCCGUCUCCUUCCCCUUCACCCUCACCGAAACCUCCUCUUAUAGAGCCCCAAAAGCCCACGACAGGCCCACGAAAUCUAAACGCGCAGAAGAAGACGAAUCUCACUUCGAACUCGACCCCGUGGAUCGCCGCCGAGUCGGGGAAGAAUUACACGGCGAAGCUAAUUGAAAACUGGUUGGCUCCGGGAGGUGCACCGUGCAGUGAGGCGAAGACCGUCGAGAUUUCACUUCCCGGCGUCGACGGGAUUGAUACGGCGGAGCUAACCGCCGGGGAGAUCCACGAAUUCAAAUUCCAAGCCUUGGACGAAUCGAAAAACGCCGUUUGCAUCGGCGGGGACUACUUCGAGACUGAUUUAUCCGGCGAGAACUGGAAAUCGAGACCGCCGGUGAAAGAUUACGGCAACGGAAGUUACUCAAUGUCGUUGCAGGUUCAUCCUGACUUCGCCGGUGAAUUUAACCUCACCGUUAUUCUUCUCUUCCGUCAUUACCAAGGCCUUAAGCUCAGCCCCGCGCGUCUAGGCGUUGACCGGAAUCUUCGCAACGUCCGGUUACGCUUUGUCAAGAAGCCUGACGUUGCUCUGCCGGAGCUCCGGACAUGUAAAAAGUCCGACUUUACUAGAGAUGCGUGGUCGGGACGAUGGACAAGGCUGGAUAAGAACGAGAGUUGCCAGAUCAGCAACGACGGACGUUACCGUUGCCUUCCCGCGGACUUCCCUUGUGGGAGACCGUGGUGCGAGGGGGCUCUUGGAGUUAUAGAGAGCAAUGGCUGGGUUUACUCCAGUCAUUGCUCUUUCCAGAUGUUCUCAGGAGAUGACGCGUGGGACUGCUUGAAGAACAAAUGGAUCUUCUUUUGGGGAGAUUCGAACCACGUUGACUCCAUCAGAAACAUGCUGAACUUCGUCUUGGGUCGUCCGGAGAUACCCGCUGUACCGAGGAGGUUUGACAUGAAGUUCUCUAACCCGAAGAACGAAUCAGAGACUGUUAGGAUCACGAGUAUCUUCAACGGCCAUUGGAACGACACGCAGAACUAUCAAGGCCUUGAUUCGCUUAAAGACCAAGGGUUUAGAGAGUUGCUCAAGAAGUACUUCUCGGAAGACCGUGUUCCAGACGCUAUGGUCGUGAACUCUGGCUUACACGACGGGAUUCACUGGACCAGUCCUAGAGCCUUUGAGAAAGGCGCUGAAACCGCAGCUGCGUUUUGGAAGGGAGUUUUCGACGGGGUCAAAAGCAGGGGGUUGCAGCCGCCUGAAGUGGUUUUCAGGAACACGGUCGCUACGGGUGGUUACGCGAGAACGCUGCCGUUUAACCCGAGCAAAAUGGAGGCGUUCAACGGAGUGUUUCUAGAGAAAAUGAGGGAUAAAGGGUUGGUCACAAGCGUGGUGGAUAACUUUGAUAUGACGUAUCCUUGGCAUUAUGAUAAUAGGUGUAACGACGGAGUUCAUUACGGGAGAGCUCCGGCGAAGAUGAUGUGGAGGGACGGUGAGAUAGGACAUCAGUACUUUGUGGAUUUGAUGCUUGUUCACGUGUUGCUGAAUGCAUUGUGUGUGAGGUAGUAGUGAUGAUUAAAAGUUUGGUUUAGGAGUCAUGGAUUCUUUAUUUUUGUGUAGACGUUUUGAUUUAUUUUUGGUUGUAGUAUAUAUCAAAUUAAUAUUUGGGAAAACUCAAACUAAAGCUUGAGUUUAUAUUGUAUAAUGUAUAAAUAGCGAGAGGUUGGUACAACA